ACAUCUCAUGAACUUCUUCAGGGACAAUUAUAUUUAAGUGCUCAGAUCGAAGCUGCUCCCUCUCAAAAUGAAGAACUGCUGGGUAUUUGCUUUACUUUUUACAAAUGUUUAUUUCACGAAUGCGAUUCAAAAGGACAAACUUUUCCCUUUUGGACUAUCUGAAGGUGAUUCAGUUCUUCAAGAAGGUGAUGAUGAAGUGUCUGAAGCCCUGAAGCUAAAAAAGCCAUUACAGUUCUACGAAGUGCAGUUCAACAUUCUUUAUGUUGCCACAAAUGGAUUCUUGUCCCUUCAGCUUCCUCCUGAAGAGAGUCAGUAUUUAAGAACCAUGUUUCCUCUGAGCUUCUCAGCCAUAGCACCUUUCCUGACAGACAUAAGUUCAGGACAUGGGAAAGGAUCUGUGUUUUACCGUGUGGAGGAAUCAUUAGACGUAUUAAACCGGGCUUCUGAAAUGGUGCAGCAUGGUUUCACUGGUUCUACAUUUAAGUCUAGCCACACAGUCAUCGCCACAUGGGACAACGUUGCAUGUGAAGAGGACAGGUUACUCAAAUCACAUUGUGUAACCAGUUUCCAGGUUGUGUUGGCUGGUAAUAAAUCAGAUACAUAUGCCUUGUUCCUGUAUCCUGAGGAUGAGCAGCAGAAGCUAAAUAUCAGUCACAACUAUACUAACAUGUCAAAAGGAUAUGCUAAACCUCAGGUUGGUUUUAACAGAGGUGACACGUCUACCACAGAAGAGCUGUUCUUUAGUCUGUUUGGCUCUGAUGAGACCACCAAUAACCUCCAUAAGUGAGUGCAUGAAACUUUUUUAUUCUUUUAUCCUUUUCAAGUAUCUUUCUGCUGUUCAUUAACAUUACUUAUUAAAUGCUGUAUUAUACUAUUACUUUUCUAAAGUUUUAAUCUUUGGUUAUUGUUAAUUCAUUUAACUGAUAAUACACAAAAACAUGAUAAAACAUCUAAAAUUUAUUAAUGGAUUACAUCAUUUCUGAAGUAAAAUUAUUAAAAAAAAAACUCUAAAUUAAGGUUACUUCAGGUUGUGAAAUAUCAGGUGGUGCAAUUCCCCAAAACUUUUUAAAUGACCAAAUAUGAAAAGAAAAGAAAAGAAAAGAAAAGAAAAGAAAAGAAAAGAAAAGAAAAGAAAAGAAAAGAAAUUAACAUUAACCUAGAGUGAUAAAUGAAAUGCUUUACUUCAAGUGUUUAAGUAUUUUUUUUUUUUAACAUAAGUUAACUCUGUUACAGUAGUUAACAUGAACUAACAAUGAAAAAUACUUCUACAGCAUUAUUUAUCCUAAUGUUCAUUUCAACAUUUAGUAAUACAUUAUGAAAAUGAAAAAGGCUUACAAAGUUAAAAAACACAAAGUCACUCCAAAAGGAGUUAUUCUCUAUAUCAAUAAGCAUUGUUUCUGAAAUCCCUAAAACACCUCCAUUGUAUAGACCUACUUGAGUUUUCUUCUGGGGA